AUGAAUUCUCAAAAAGAAGAUGGUAGUAAUUUAUCUAUUAUUAGUGUUACACAAACUUGAAUUUAAGAAAAUUAUUAAAAAUUCUCCAAAAAACAACUUUGAAGAAUGCUUGAAUCCUCCCUCUUUUAGUGAAAGCUUUUUCUUAGUUAACUCAAUCAUAUAAUAUAAUGACUUAAAAGAAGUUAAGUAGGAUUAAUUAAAUUAAUUCUUGGUUGAAAAUUGUGAGAAAUGGAUGGAAACUCAAGAAUCAACUUAAUACCUAUCAUAUUAGAAGAAAUAAUAAUUAAGAAGAAAAUUAUCAUAGUUUUCUGUUCUUAUUUAAAUACUUUUCUUUAUGAAAUAUAUGAUUGAUUUUUUGAAUGUCAUACUCAACUUAUUUUGUGGAAUAUAUAUCCCUUAUCUUAAACUCAUAGAGGAUUAUGAAAAUAUCAAUAAUGCACUAUACUCUCUAAUAUUUUUUCAUUUACUCAUUAUCUUUAUUUAAAAUCUUUAUUCAUAUAUACAAAUAUUCAAAACUUCAAAUAAACAAAAUCAAUAAAGGUUCAAUUUAUUAAAUGAAAUUACUCUGAAGAAUUUAACUACUAUAUCAAUUUUAUUAAUAUAUAUUAUAGAGAAUGUAAGUCAAAUUCUUUUAAUUACAUCAUUUUAUUACUUCUAUAUGGGUUAUAAGAGGAUAGAAAUAUUUACAAUUUUGCUAAUUAUUAAAAGAAGUAAAAUAUCAAAAUUUAUUAAAUUUAGGAAAAUUAUAUAAAACUCUAGCUAUUUAUAAAGUUAUUGUUUAUUAUAUUUACUUCUUACAUAUAUUUUCAUGCUUUCUUGAAAACUCAACUUAUAAUCAAGAUUUUUUAUAAAAAUAUAAAGAAUCCUUAAUAAUCAAUAUAAAUUUUAUAACUUUUUAAGCAAAUUACUUUGUUUAAGAUUCAACCUUAAAAUUUGAAGUAAUAUUUAAUUAAAUAAUUGCAUUAAUUCUUAUAUUAUAUACAAUAGAUGUUUUAAUUUAGAUAAGAUCAAAUGAUGGUUACAUAGUAAAUUAAAUAUAAUUUGAUGUACAUGUAUUAUAAUAUUACAUUUGGAAUCAUAAGGGAUAAAUAUUAAAAAAAUUAAAAUUAUAUUAAUAAAUCUCUAAUAAAGAAUUAUCAUUAAAAUAGGUAAUUUUUAAUAUUAUUAUAAGUUUACAUAAUAAGAAAUUAUUAAGAAAAUUUACUAAUCAAUUUUAAAGGACAAUUUAAAAGUUCUUAAAAUAUUUUCAAAAUAAUUUACAAUAAAUUUAUCUUAAAAAUUAAAAUCAAUUAGAAAAUCAAAGGAUAAAUUAAAAUUAGAUAAAUAUGGAUUAUAUUUGAUUUUAGAAGGCACAGGAUAUCUUAUAUUUGAAAAUUCAUUAAAAAGUUAAAAAGAAAUAGAAUCAAAAUAAUUAACAUUUGGAUUAAUUAAUUGUUUUUAGAAAAACAUUUCUGAAGUUGAAUUAGAAAUGGAAGAUCAUUUUUUAUUAUUAUAUAUAAGUUCUGAAGAUUUUUAUUAAAGUCUCACUAUUAAUUAAGAUUUUGUAAAAAAAUAUUUUAUAAUUUAAGGAAUCUUUUCAUUUAAUUAAAAAUAAAAUUAUUUUUGAAGGAGAAACAAAUCUGAUAGACUAUAGAUGUUGGAUUUGUAAUGGAUUUCAUUAGGAAAGAAGAUGUUCAAUUCUAAAAGUUUAAUUGAACUUUACUAACAAGAAUGAAAAUAAUUUUAGAUCUAAUUUUAUAAAAAGAUAUAAGAAUAGAAGAUAAAGAGCAUUUAAAACAUAUGUAAAAUUUAAUAUUUAUUAAAUAUCAGAGACUUUACAAAUAAAAUGAAAGUGCAACUAUUGAUUAGAGUAAUAGUAGCUCAAGUGAUAGUGAAGAGUAAUUUGAAAUAUAUCCUGAUGAUGGUAGUGGAAGUCAAAAGCUUACUGAAAAAAACAUUAUUGUAACAAGUAAAGGAAAUAUAUAAAUUCCUGCAAUAUAAAAAGAUGGAUAUGUAGAAUACAUUACUGAUAAAUUAUAUGAAUAAUUAAGGAAUAGCCACAAGAACAUAUAAUUAUAACCAUCUAUUCACACCAGCAGUUAAUAAAUAGCAGAAAUGUUUAGACCUGAUUUUAGAAGCAUUCCUUUAAAUUCAUCUUAGUAUAAAUUUCAAGAACUUUUAAGUGUUGAUGAUUUUGACUGUGUUAAAGAAUAUGCUUAUUUUUAUCCAGAAUUCAACAUAAGCUAUAUUAUUUCACUUAUACAAAAUUGA